GCUCCAUCUCCAUCAUUGUUGAUCCAUAUCGAUCACUUCGCGUUCGUGCUCAGUUUUAAUCACCCCUUUUCCGCAAGGCUGACACGGCACUGAAGUUUGUGUAAAUCUUCCAGAUAUAAGCUGGGAGAUCAUGCCGGUGCAGCCUUCACCGCCUUACGAUUCGUGAUGGACCGUUCAGCCAGUUCCAAGGUCACGGUUGAGUACUACGAUCCGUCUGGAAUCUUUCCAUUAGUAGAACCGCUUCUUGCUUCGAGGCUGCCUCUGCGUAAUCUGCAUUGGAAGGCUCCAACGAGGCCGCUGCGUUCAAUCGACUCUCUCCAUGUUGAUCUUGUUCCGUCAGAAGCUACUGCUAGGGAGUCUGCCGCUGCCGAGGAUGCCUCAGAAACCUCGAGCCAGGCUGGGCUGAGAAAGGAAGACGCCUCUAAGGAAGCUGUUAAAGUGCCGUCUAAGGAGCGUCGACAUCAGAUCCCUGGACUGCGACGGACUCCUUACUUGAAGCUUUACCUUCUUAGAUGCGAUGACAGCGAAGCCUACAAAGCUUCGAACAGGAAGCUGCUCCGUGACUGGAUCAAGGAGCACGGCACGCAGGCGUCGACAAGCAGCUCUGAGAAACAUGACGCAUUUGAAUGGAUGAUAUUGCAUGUAGUUCUACCGAACACGGCAGCAUCUAGUCAGCCCCGUUGGAGUGGAACCUCUAAGGAUAGUUCUUCAGGUUCCGGCGAUAAGUCUGGUGGUUCUUCCAGAUGGCCUGGACGAAGCUCCAGCACAAUCUUUGAGAAGAUACGGGCUGACUUCAAUGCUACAUCGAAGAAUGCUCCAGACCGCGUGGCUCAAAUCAGACUGCAGAAAGAUCAAUUAUCACACGAAGACAUUCCUGCCACUAAUGGACCUCCAAUCGUUCCUCAUGUCGAAACUACGCAGGAGCAAGAACAUGCUUGGAGCGAUUCCAUUGCUAAACUCAAAAGCUUAAUCCUGCUGUCUUUUGAUCAAAGGGUCAGUCAGUAUGAAGACGAUAUCCGUGAAAAAGACUCACAGAGAGCUUUGCCGGGCUGGAAUUUCUGCACAUUUUUCGUUUUGAAAGAAGGUUUGGCUCGGGGGUUUGAAAAUGUUGGCCUUGUUGAAGACGCUCUUGUCAUGUAUGAUGAGCUCUCGGUUGGUCUCGACGCUGUUAUUCGAGAGCAGGCUGAUGAGUCGAAUGGUCGAGGAGGAUCAUUUCUAGAGUACACCACAGAGCUGGCCGAUGCUCUGGAGUUGGUGCAUGCAGGCAAGCGUCCUGACGCAAUUUUUGGACCAAAGCCUAUCGAUGCGGGAAGGAAGUCGUAUCGCGAAUUGAUUCUGUCUACCAACGUCUCAAUAUUUGACUUCAGAUGCUAUGUUUUCUCUCGGCAGAUGGCACUGUUACUUCGUCUUGGCAAUGCACAGUCCUCACGCUCGGAACUCAUGUCGAAGCUGCAACCUAGUAGGGUUUUGAGUCAUCAGAGAUCCCGAGACGAUAUGAGCCUAGCUCGUAACACUGUGGUAGAGGCUACUGAAGACUUGAUACCACUGACGGAGCUCUGCGAUAGGUCGUUGCGGUUCGUGACCUCUGUAGCCAGAGAUAUGCGACUGGACCUACAGAUCGGAGCUUCCAAAAAAGAGCUAUCACUCGUUGAGGACACCAUUGACAAUGUAGUUUCUUCUUGGUCUUACUCAGUAGCACAGCAGACUUUAGAUGAGACGAAAACAUCAGCCCUGCCGGUCUCUUUACUAAGAAAGGGUUCAGCCAAUGACUCUGCAUCCAAACUGAUGCCUUUCAGAGGAAAAUCAGAUGAGCCAAAAGCGUCAAUCCCAGAGCCCAAAACUAUAAUCCAUCCUGCUCGUUCGACGUCAUUACAAAACCGCCGGAACUCUCUAAGCGAGCCGCCAUAUGCGGCGGUUCCCCCUUCAGGACAGGUGGUCUUCGAUCACGGAACAUUUCCGAGUAGUCAAACUGUGAAAUCGCAGCAAGAUAUAUCUAUGCAGCGCAAUAGUGUUGCUCUUGAAGAUCUAGCUGCUCAUAGAGCCGAGCUAUAUCUUGUCCAAAGACGGUUGAUAGAGCAUGUCGGGAAUGCUGCGGGAUGGUCUAUUGGCUGGAACGCUUUGACUUCCACUCAAUCUGUGAAGAAUGAGGACCUAAGUGAUGUAGCGCUUGACGACUCAGAUGAAUCGUCCUCAGAAACAGCAAGUCCCAAAAGGGAGAAGAAAGAAACAUUCACCACCAAGGGACUCCUGGCCGACGACCUUGAACUCGCUAUGGAGUCGAUCCACAGCUUUCGAAAUUUAUACGAAGGCCUAUGUGACCUCGCCUUUCGUCAUUACAUGGCCGCCAACAGAACCAAAGCGGCAGAAAGUAUCUUCGGGGACCUAGCGGCCCUGAAGUUUCAACUCGGCGACUAUACCGCUGCAGCAAUGUAUUUCAGCAAGAUGGCGCCCUUAUUUGCGGAGGGACGAUGGAACUUUGUUGAAAUGACGAUGCUAAAGAUGUAUGGCAAGUGUUUAAAAGAGCUUCACAGGAGGGGCGACUAUGUUUUGACACUGUUGGAUAUACUGGCUAAGUCGGCUGCGCGGUGGCGGUCGGUAAAUCUGCCUCAAAUGCGCAUCGAGUCUACCAGCAGUGGGGUCGGUAUGCUUUCGUCAGUCUGGUUGAAUGACGAUGCUGUUGAUACGACUGGCUUCCUGACUGAACUGCUCGAUGUCGCCAGCCAAAUACCCAACGAGGUGAUCGUCCCGAUGUCAAGAUACUUUGAUAGGAUCCUCAUCGAUCCUUACGUUAAAUCGUACGAUGAUAAAGAUGGCUUUCAGCUCCGUCUCAGCUUUCGUCAUGUGUUGGAAGAUACAAUCACUAUCGAAAAGUUCAUGGUCAGGCUGGUCAACGCUACAUCGAAUCAAGCAAGCGAGAUAUGGCUCGAAAGUGAUAAGGGAUUGACAAUGACUAGAGGUAGUCAUAAGGUAUGGGUUCAUUCGAACGUCACCACGUUCGGUACAUAUGUGGUAGAUAAAAUCCAGCUUGUCGCCAAAAAAUUGAGGUUCGUCCAUGAACCAUUACAGAAGGCCGAGAUUACAACCCCCCUCGGCAUUUCGACAUCUGUCUCUGGAGCAUCUCUUCGGGUCGCCAAAAAGUCUCGUAUUCUAUGUUACCCAACAUCGGAGUCAUUCUAUGCGAGAAUUUCGUUGACACGCGAAAUACAUAUCGAUAAGCCACGCUCUAUCAUCGUUCAUAUUUCAAGUGGGCGCAACGACAUCCAGUCUUGUGACUUUCGACUACGCUCAGCAUCAGCUGGUCUUAGACUUCGAACUGCGGAUGGUGAGAUCUUGUCAGGUUCGGCCGCAUUCGAGAGUUCUUCUGGACCCGGAGCUUUCAGGGUCAAAAACAUGGCUCCGGGCACGACGUUGGAGAUUAGGAUUCCCUAUGAUCUAGAGAUGGGUCUACCUGAGCUUGUUAUCCGUAUGGAAGCCACUUAUAGUACUUGUAAUGGGGACUUCGUCUGGAAUUCCACAUCGACCGUCCCCAUCGAACUGCCUCUCGAUGUCAAUGUCCACGACCAUUUCAAGGCUAAAGUCCUCUUCUCAAAGUUUAACAUCAAGACUGCGAACCAAAGCCCGCUCGAGGUCCUUCACGCGCAACUAGAUGGUACAGAUGCCUUCAAAGUGAGCUCUCCAUCUGGACUUUCCAUGCCUAUGCUAGUAUUCCCCAAGCAGCCAGUGUGCCUGACGUACAAGAUCACCAGCACACAGCGUUUGAGGACGGAGGGUAAAGAAGCGCCAUUAUCGCUCAUGGUCAGAUAUCGAUGCACAGACGAAGAUAUCAGCACAAGGAUUGAAGCAAUCUUUGCGCAAGACCUCAGGAAAAGUCCGUUCGCAAAACUUUCACGCCUUCUAGUACCUGAGUUCACGACCCGUGUCCAACCUCGAAUUCUCGCACCGCAAUACGAGCAAAUUGCUCUCCUUUCCAAAGUGACGCUCGGGUCUUUUGACCAGAUGACAUGGACCGACCUCACCGAUCAUCUUCCGUCAGCACUACACGAGCCUGUGCACAGCUGGCUGCAAGAAUGGCACGCCCAGCAUACCACGAUUGAUCUUGCUCAGCAUCCUGCACCAGAAGACACAUCUCGCAAUAUCAUAAUAACCGUACCAGUUCCCCGUCUCCAUGUCCUUGCUACCUCCUCGCUUAACCUUUCCUCCUCACUCUCCCGUCCAUCAACUGCAUCACCACCACUCGCAUACAUUAGCCAACCUCUCACCGCGACACUCAAAAUCAAAUACACGCGCGCCUGGGACUCGCCGCAAUCGUUUCUUCGCGCUGCCAAACUCUCUUCCGCAGAUGAUCCAAUCGAUUUCAUGUAUGAAAUUGGUGCUAAUCCGGACGUGUGGAUCAUAGGCGGAUCUCGCCGUGCUCAGUUCAGCGCGAAAGAGGGCGAAGAAAAGACAUUCCAGAUCAUUCUUGUGCCCCUGCGGACAGGCAAUUGGCUACUUCCAAAUGUCGAAGUGCGUGUCAAACCGAGGCCCAAUGCACCAGGACAAGCCGACGGUGGGAGAAAAGAUGAUGAGGACGAGGUCAGUUGCGAGACAGACUUUACCAGUCAGGGCGAGACUGUGCUGGUCAUUCCGGAUCUGUCGGGGACGACUGUGGGGAUUGCAGGAUUUGGAACUGGAGGAGGGACGGUCCUGAUGGAUGCGGAAGAGGCAGUUAUGACGUGAUGUACAUAACGAACAAAGCAUGUAGAAUGAACAAGUGGCGCAUGCUACAACGAUAAUCAUCCUCUCCCUCGGUCUCAUCGGAGGCUGCAAUUCGUUCUGCAGUAUUGAUUGCGAAGAAGUAAACCUGUUUCAUCAAAUACUGUACAACUCUUGCGCAGAUGCUUGGCCCUGAUAUCUUCCGAGU